UAUUUUGUAUAUCAAUUCUGCCCAUCUCGUUCCAGAACUUACAUAUAUUAGAAGCCCAAUCAAUAUUUAUAGACCAAUUUUAUUAGCCUGUGUACUCAUAUGGUGCUUGAACGCUUAGCUCUGUGAAGAAAAUUCCCAUCUGUUUCAGUGUGUUGUGAAAACUCCCCAGUAGCUUAGAACAUUCAAGGUGGCCAUAUAUUAAAAGUGUACUGCCAGCCAUGGAUUCCCCUCAGCCCUGGGGACAGCUGAUGAGAUUCUGGAGUCUGCCAGCUACUGAACCCAGCUAAGACCAGAUUCUUGAAGUUCCCCUGUGCAGCCCAGACAAAGCAGGAUUUAGCACGUGAUGAUGAGUCCUCCGGCAGCAGCCGUGUCUGGCUCUACUCAUUGGUGCUGACUGUGGCCAAUAAGGUGCCUGCCUGUCUGGACAUCUACUUCUGCCACCGGCUGCAGACCACAGAGCGUUGGCCAGAGAGGCCAGAAGAGGUUUGGAAGGAGUUCACUCUGCAGGAGCCCCAGAAGCUCUGCUGUUGUCCAAGUUGAGGCUGGGGACACAGGUCCAUUUCUCGGUCCCUGAUCUCUGUGUCCACAUGGACAUGUACUUAAGUCCUUUUGUGGCUGCUGUAACUUUUGCAAAGAACUCCAGUCCCAAUGCAGGUUCUCCAGUGUUCUCAUUCUGCUGAUGAGAGCUUCAGGAUGUUGCUACCUAUGCAAGCUUUCUCACGCUCCUGGCUGCAACAUCUGCUCACACAUCUUUUUGAACCUGAGGGCAGCCUGUCUUCCAGCCUGCCUACACAGACAGUGUUUUCACUCCCUACUCUGGAAGCAACCCUACUGGCCAAGUUUCAUUUUCAAGGAAGUUUUCUGGAUGGACGGCUUCUGGGAACCCAUCGUCGUAGCCAGCUCUUCUUCAAUGUGUAAGGAUUCACCCGGGAAUUGAGUAAUGAGAAUUUCGAAACCACGUUUGAGAAGUACGUCCAUCCAGUGCUAUUUGUGUUUACUCCUGAACAGCCAUUUUUUAACUGAGGCCGGCAUUCAUAUCUUUAUUCUGGGCUGUACCAGUGCGAGUCUUCCUAAAACAGAGGCAAACUGGAAUGAUGUAAUGAGUGAUUUAAACGCAAUUAAAAAUCUUAUUCAAUCUAUACACAUUGAUGCCACUCUGUAUACUGAAAGUGAUGCCCAUCCCAGUUGCAAAGUCACGGCAAUGAAGUGCUUUCUCUUGGAGUUACGCGUUAUCUUUCAGGAGACGAACAAUAAGGAUAUUAGACAAGCGAUAGAUAACCUUAUCUUGCUAGCAAACAACAGUUUGCCUUCUGAUGGGAACGUAACUGAAUCUGGAUGCAAAGAAUGUGAGGAGCUGGAGGAAAAAAGUGUUAAAGACUUUUUGGGGAGUUUCACGCACAUCGUGCAAAUGUUCAUCAACACCCCAUCGCAAUGAUCCUCCGCAGUGCUUCCACCGCUUGCAAACAUCUCGCCGUUGCUCGGAGGCCACGGAGCACUUUGCAUGGCCAAUACGCCGCCCAAACACGUUUUUGUUUUUUUUUUAAAUCAAGAACAUCAUCGGGACCUCGAGUGAGAUGAACUCUUUGAAACGAAGGUAGAAAAACGGCAUUGAGGAACGUGGUGUCUAUGAACUGCCUACAGACAUAGUUUGUUCAUUUAUGUUUAACUUAUUAUUGAAAUUGUACAUAUCUGUAGUAUGUACAUAGUAUUAAAUGUCAAAUAAAAUGUGGUCAUAUUUUAUCCUUUGAAA